AUUAUAAAUUAAAAAAAAUGUCUAUCAGUCAUUUUAUGAACUUAAAGUCCUUCCAUCCUGGAAACUUUUAUAACAUUAAAAAGGUUUGGAUUAAGGAACAAGAAGCAGCCAAGAAAGCAAAAAGACAGGAAGAAAUUGAAAAAGAAUAUCAGCAAGAACAAAAUGAACUUACUAACAGAGCCAAUUUACCUCGAAUUACAGCUGAUGAAAAAAAGAAGUUGGAAAUUAAUUUUGCUUAUAAGGCACCUCCCGGCCUGCAGAGCCUUUCGGAUCCGAAUAAGUUGGAAUUGAAAGGCUUUAGAGAAUACGCCAUAAAAAAUGAAGAAAAGUUGGAAGUUGAAACAGGCGAUUUACCUGUUGUUGAUGGAAACAAGAAACGGUUAACUCUGAACGAUAAGUUUGAAAUUUUGAAGGGAGCGCCGAGAGAAGCAUCUUAUUCAGUAGAAAAUGUGAGAACCGUUCGCGAUAGACCAUUGGGUAUUGAGCUUCGGAAUGUGCGAUGCUUGAAGUGCGGAGUGUGGGGACAUCUCAAUACGGACCGCUUGUGCCCUAAAUAUUUUGAAAAAAGUGAAGGACAAGAAAUAAAGAGGCCUUCUUUUGAAGAUCCGAUUGGUCUAAUGAAACAAAUGAAAAAAAGUGGACUCGCCUUUAAGCAGGGAAUCUGCAGAGGCCAUUACGAUUUGCUAUACGAAUUAGAGCAGCACGAGUCACGCGAGGAUGCUAUAGACGACGAUAUUUCUUUUUUGAACUCUCUAACUAAAGAAGAGAAACUUGCACUUCUUGCAGAGUUAUCUGUAGAUAGCGAAUUGCUACACGAAAAGAAGAAAAAGAAAAAGAAAAAGAAAAAGAAGUCGCAAAAAGAGUCUCGACAUUCUUCUGAAAGAUCCGACUCUGAAAGUUCCAUUCGCUCAAGGAAAAAAAAGGAUAGAAAAUCACGUGAAAUAAGUAAAAAUAAAAGAACGCGGAAAGAUCAUGUGGACAAUCGAACACAGUAUAACCAUGUGGAAAAACCAUGUUCACGUUACAACUCUUUAGAAGGGACAAGCAAGUGUAAGAGUGGCACGUCUCAGUCAUGUGAUUGCGAGCCUAAGAAAAGUCGAGUACACGACCAUCACGUAAAGAAGCUAAUUUCUAAAAGUAAUUCUAGUAGGAAACAUUAAGGGUAUUCAGCUCAACAUAUCUAAGCGCUUCGAUCCUAAUAAGCUUUUUAUCGCUUGUAACAAUACAUCAAUAAAUAAUAUAUAACUAAAAUG